UCGUUCCCCGAGGCAAACAUGGACGUUAACAGUAAAUCGAUCACGAAUCAGGUGGAUCUUUCAUUAAAGCUAGCUAAGCACGUCUUCUUUACACAGGCCGAAGGAGAUUCUAACCUAGUUUUCUCUCCUCUCUCCAUUAACGUCAUCUUGAGUCUCAUCGCCGUCGGCUCCAAUUCCCCAACUCGUGACGAACUCCUCGCUUUUCUCAAGACAGACUCCAUCGACGAUCUCAACACAUUUUACUCUCAGAUCGUUGACAAUAUACGUGUAGACGGCAGUCUUACCGGCGGCCCAUGCUUGUCGGUGGCCAACGGUUUGUGGAUCGACCGCACUCUGCCGUUGAAGCCAUCAUUCAAGCAUGUGGUGGACACUGUUUACAAGGCCACUUCUGAAUCCGUUGAUUUUCGAAACAAGGCAAGUGAAGUGGCUGAUCAAGUGAAUUCGUGGGCUGAGAAAGAAACUAAAGGUCUUAUCAACAACUUACUUCCUCCCAAUGCAAUCGACGAUACAAUAAGGCUCAUUUUUGCAAGUGCACUGUAUUUUAAAGGAGAUUGGUCUAACAAGUUUAAUGAAUCGAAGACGCAGGAUCACGAAUUCCACCUCCUUAAUGGGAGCUCUAUACAAGUCCCCUUCAUGAGAACCUGUGAGAAGCAGUAUGUGAAAGCAUUCAGUGGUUUCAAAGUCUUAAAACUAUCUUAUAAUAAAGGCAAUGAUGAUAAUAAGCGUCGUAGAUUCUCCAUGUACUUCUUUCUGCCUGACGCCAUGGAUGGACUGCCAUCUUUGCUGGAAAAAGCGAGCUCUGAAUCUGGGUUUCUAGAGCGCCAUCUCCCUACCAAACUAGUCUCAGUGGGAAAGUUUCGGAUCCCAAAAUUCCAAAUUUCUUUCCAGUUUGAGGUUUCAAGAGUUCUGGGGGAGCUUGGGGUGAAGGUGCCGUUCAAUCCCAGGGGUGGGGGUCUCACUGAGAUGGUGGAUUCACCGGUGAGUUCCGAUCUCUAUGUUUCCAAAAUCCUGCAAAAAUCAUUUAUUGAGGUUAAUGAGGGAGGAACAGAAGCCGCAGCUGUUUCGGUUUCUUUAAUGCCGCCUGGAGCAGGUUUCAGGAUAGAGAAAGAAGAUAAAACAGACUUUGUGGCUGACCAUCCCUUUCUGUUUGCCAUUCGAGAAGAUUUUAGUGGUGCCAUUCUCUUCGUUGGGACUGUGCUUCAUCCUCAUUAUAAGUCAAAAAACCUCUCUUCAAAAACCACACCAGCCCUGCCGCCCCCUUGUGUAAUCUGGGAGUGGCCGAAGAGUAUGGGAUCUUUGGGGUCGUGGAAGCAAUCUCUUAAAUCCUUGGAUGGGUCGGAGAAUAAGGAACUUUUAGAGUGGGAUUUAGCUGAAAUAGAACGAUUAUUUAUGUCAGUUCCCAACUCUAAAAAGAUGGAUGUUUGA